AUGGCUGGAGAAAUACGUGACCAGCAACCAAAUCCUUGGAGGAACCAUCUUGAUGAGCCGCCUUUGGACGAGGUCCAAGACCGCAUACCACGAGAAGGCCUUGGACCGGAGCUUAACCGAGCCGAUAGGCUACACCGAGGAGACCUAGGCGAUCACCAAGGAGGGGAGAACCAAGAGACCGUUGGAGACAGUGACUCUAGACCAGAGCUUCUCCAAAGCCGUAGCCCUAUCCGGACUUACGAGGGCCACCAGUUUGAGAUCAAGCCGCGAGUCAUUGCUUUGGUAAAACAAAGUCAAUACCACGGGCUUAUCGAAGAAGAUCCGUUGGAUCAUGUCGAUUCUUUUGAAGAAUUGUGCAGCACAACUAGUGCAAAUGGAGUUCCGGGCGACUACUUGAGAUGCCGGCUCUUUACUUUUACCUUGGCGGGAAAAGCACUCAAGUGGCUCAAGUCUCUCCCGUCUCGCUCAAUCACUACAUGGAUGGAGUUCAAGAAAGCUUUUCUUGGUCAGUUUUAUACAAAGCAGCGGACUAGCUUGAUGAGGAGCAAGAUCGUUGGCUUUCAGCAAGGGCCAAUAGAGCCGUAUCAUGAGGGAUUGGAGCGCUUCAAGGAAUACAUAAGAGAUUGCCCACAACAUGGCUUCUCGGAAGUAAACUUGUGGAACACGUUUUAUGAGGGAAUAAGGCGCGAGCACAAGCUGUAUCUUGAUAUAGCUAGCAACGGGAACUUCAUGAGUAAGUCCAUAGAGGAAGCCAAAACAUUGAUUGAUAACCUAGCGGUCAGUGACAGCAAGAAUCAACCGAGCUAUGAAGAAACGAUCAAGGCAAUCAAUGCGAGACCGGGACUAGUUGAGUUUGAGGAGCUGAAGUCCAUGAUCGCUAAGCUUUUGGAGAGAGAACCGGAGCAUCGCUUGAGCCCCCAGAUACAACAUCCGGCUGAAACCCGACUUGGCGCUAAGGACCAUGGAGGAGAGCUUAAGGCUUUGAUCUAUGAGUUCAUUGGUGAACAGAGAAAGGCGAACAAGGAGAUCAAUGAGAAGAUACACUAUGUGUAUCACGACUUGAACAAUAAAUUUGGGUCGCUAGAGUCGCACAUCAAGGAGCUUGAUCUUCAAAUAGCAAACAUAGCCGGUACAAUCAAGAAACCGCUUGGAGUCCUCCCUGGUCGAACUGAGGCUAACCCCAAGAAGGAACAUAUAGCGGCCAUCACCCUUAGGAGCGGUACGCAGUUAGACGAAGUGGAGAUGCCACCGGAGCUCAUAAGGAAAGAACCUCAACCGGAGGUAAUACUGGAAAGUGUGGAAGAAGCGGCUGGCGAGCAAACAAAGACAAAUCUUGAGGAGAGCGCCGCGCCAACAACACCUACUCUGCGCGUAUAUAAGCCAAAAGUGCCCUACCCCGGAUCAGUGAAGAAGCCCAAGAAAGAGAAAGAGCAAGCAAAGUUGAAGGACCUUGUGAGCCAACUAAGCGUAAGGCUCCCUUUUGUCGAUGCUUGCAUGAUUAUUCCAUCAUUGAGGAAGUAUAUGAAGAGCAUACUCACUAGCAACUUGAGUCUAGAAGAGGGAGUGAUGUUGAUAACAGAAGAUUGUAGCCUAGCCCUCCAAAACAAAACCCCGGAGAAGCUUGACGACCCGGGGAGCUUUGUUCUCUCAUGCCAAAUCGGAGGUACGAUCUUUAAACGCUGCCUUUGUGACUUAGGGUCUAGCGUGAAUCUUAUGCCCUAUACAGUGGCCAAGCGCCUUGGCAUAACAAGCUUUAGACCCACAAAGAUUCAGUUGGUCUUUGCUGAUCGAUCGGUGAGGCGGCCCAUUGGCAUCGUGAGUGAUGUACAAGUCAUGAUUGGUAAAUGUUUCAUACCGGCUGACUUUGUGGUGCUGGAACUAGACCAAGAACCAAGAGAUCCCCUGAUCUUAGGGCGACCUUUCUUAGCCACAGCCGGCGCCAUUAUUGAUGUCAAGGGAGGAAAGAUAGACUUACACUUGGGAGACUUGGUAAUGAAGUUUCAAAUUGACAAAACUUUGGAAAAGCCAACUAUCGACGGGUUCUCUUUCUUGGUGGACAAUUUAAGUGAGGUGUCUGAAGGAGUGUAUGAGGAGCUGAUAAUGGACGACCCCUUAGAAGUGGCACUAACCCGUGUGGAGAAAGAAGGAGGCUAUUUUAGUAGAGAAGCGCGAGACAUAGCCAAAUCACUCGAUAACGCGGAGACGUACAAGAACUUGGUAGCUUAUGUUGGCUUGGAGGAAGAAGUAAUGGGCACAAACGCCUCAAGGGAUGCAUCCAAGCCGUCAAAGGAGCCAUGGAGUGAGUUGAGCGCUCCAAAAGUCGAGCUCAAGGAGCUCCCCGUAGGGCUAAGGUACGCAUUUCUCGGUCCCAACAAUACAUACCCGGUGAUAAUCAAUUCAAAUCUAUCAAAUGUAGAGACCGCGCUAUUACUUUGUGAACUAAGAAAACACCGCAAAGCCCUUGGGUACACCCUUGAGGAUAUAACCGGUAUUUCCCCAGAACUUUGUAUGCACAGGAUACAUCUCGAGGAUGAGUCUAAGUCCUCCAUAGAGCAUCAAAGGAGACUAAAUCCAAACCUGAAAGAUGUGGUGAAGAAGGAGAUAAUGAAACUCUUGGAAGCUGGAGUGAUAUACCCUAUCUCGGACAGUACAUGGGUGAGCCCGGUCCACGUAGUUCCAAAGAAAGGAGGAGUGACGGUUAUAAGGAACGAGAAUGAAGAGCUCAUACCCACCAGAACGAUCACUGGCCACCGGAUGUAUGGUUACUCAGGUUUUUUCCAAAUCCCAAUCCAUCCCGACGACCAAGAGAAGACAACAUUCACAUGUCCAUAUGGAACGUUCGCGUAUAGGCGAAUGCCUUUUGGCUUGUGUAAUGCACCGGCUACGUUUCAAAGAUGCAUGAUGUCAAUCUUCACAGACUACAUAGAAGACAUAAUGGAGGUAUUCAUGGAUGAUUUCUCAGUUUAUGGCACAUCCUUUGAUGUUUGUUUGUCAAAUCUUAGCAAGGUCCUCAAGAGAUGUGAAGAGAAGCAUCUAGUGCUAAAUUGGGAGAAGUGCCAUUUCAUGGUGAGAGAUGGGAUAGUGCUCGGUCAUAGAAUCUCGGAGAAAGGCAUUGAGGUUGACAAAGCCAAGAUCGAGGUAAUGGUGAACUUGGAACCGCCCAAGAACGUCAAAGGAGUAAGAAGCUUCCUAGGGCACGCGGGAUUUUAUAGGAGGUUCAUAAAAGAUUUCUCCAAGAUAGCGCGCCCUCUCACUCAGUUACUUUGCAAAGAAGUGGCGUUUGAAUUCAGUGGAGAAUGCCUCGCGGCGUUCAAGAAAAUCAAAGAAGCUCUCAUUAGCGCGCCGAUUGUACAAUCACCGGAUUGGGAGCUUCCUUUUGAGAUUAUGUGCGACGCAAGCGACUACGCCGUUGGAGCUGUGUUAGGCCAAAGGAAAGAGAAGAAACUCCACGUCAUAUACUAUGCAAGCCGGACCCUCGACGAGGCACAAUGCAACUAUGCCACCACGGAGAAGGAGUUAUUGGCGAUUGUCUUUGCAUUCGAGAAGUUUCGCUCAUAUCUCGUUGGCUCCAAGGUUAUAGUACAUACCGAUCACGCGGCUCUCAAGUAUCUGCUGUCAAAGAAAGAUGCAAAGCCAAGACUUAUACGCUGGAUACUUCUUUUGCAAGAAUUUGACCUAAAGAUCAUCGAUAGGAAAGGCGCGGAGAAUGGCGUGGCCGACCAUCUUUCAAGAAUGAGAAUCGAAGAGAGCAUACCUAUAGAUGACUCAUUACCAGAGGAAACGGUCUAUGCGGUAAGCGCAGUACCUAUGUCGAGGAAAGAGACCCCACCAAAAGCGACCACGGAGAGGAGAAAUGCCUUUGGCGCGCCGUGGUAUCGUCAUAUAGCCAACUAUCUCGCGGCCGACAUAGAGCCUCCAAACUUCUAUGGAUACAAGAAGAAGAAAUUCUUGAAAGACAUCAGAUUUUACUUCUGGGACGAGCCAUACCUCUACAAGAAGUGCCAAGACGGAUUGUUUAGAAAAUGCGUGCCGGAGGAAGAGAUAGCCGGGAUUCUCCAUGGAUGUCACGGAUCAGCUUACGCAGGUCAUUUUGCUACGUUCAAGACAGUCUCUAAGGUCUUGCAAGCGGGUUUUUGGUGGCCUACAAUGUUUAAAGACGCUCAAGCAUUCAUCUCACGUUGUGAUGCUUGCCAAAGAAUGGGGAACAUAAGCAAAAGGAAUGAAAUGCCGCAAAACUUUAUCUUGGAAGUUGAGGUGUUCGAUGUUUGGGGAAUUGAUUUCAUGGGACCCUUCCCCACAUCCUUUGGAGAUCAAUACAUCCUAGUAGCAGUGGACUAUGUCUCCAAGUGGGUUGAGGCAAUAGCAGCUCCAACAAAUGACUCGAGCGUGGUGAUAAAAAUGUUCAAAUCUAUCAUAUUCCCAAGAUUUGGAGUUCCAAGAGUUGUGAUAAGUGAUGGAGGCUCACACUUCAUCAAUCGGAUCUUUGCAAACCUUCUAAAGAAAUAUGGAGUGCGGCACAAGAACGCUUUCAAAACACCUCUCGGGACAACUCCAUUUCAUCUUGUCUAUGGCAAAGCGUGCCAUCUACCGGUGGAACUAGAGUAUAAGGCAGCUUGGGCGGUCAAGGAGCUAAACUUUAACCUUAAAACCGCAGCGGAGAGGCGCCUGAUCCAACUGAACGAGCUUGAGGAGAUAAGACACUUGGCUUACGAGAACACCAAAAUCUACAAAGAAAAGACCAAAGCUCUCCAUGAUAGGAAGAUAGUGCCUAAGUCUUUCGCCGCUAACGACCAGGUUCUGCUUUUCAACUCAAGACUCAAGCUUUUUCCCGGCAAACUACGCUCAAGAUGGUCUGGCCCGUUCAAGAUAAAAGAAGUCAAGCCAUAUGGAGCAGUGGUUCUUUGGGACCCUAGUGGAGGAGACUUCACCGUAAACGGUCAGAGGCUAAAACCAUACCUAGCCAACUCGGAAAAGGGAAUAGAGGAAAUCAUACCUUUGGCCGAUGCACCACAAGAAUAA